AUGCCAAACCUUGAGGACUCGAUCUCUUCCUCACCGCGUAUAUCUUUGGACUCCGAAAAUUCAUUGGCAUACUACAAAUCACAAUAUGAGCAGCUUGAAGCCGAGCUUGCGGACUUUCAGGCGUCUAGCAAGGAGUUGGAGGCUGAAUUGGAAAAGGAUGUAGAGGCUGCAGAAAGGAGAGAAAGGCAGUUACAAGAGAAGGUGGAGAGCUUGGGCUUUGAAGUCGAGGAAUGGAAGAGCAAAUACAAACAGUCGAAAGCUGAAGCGAAUACAGCACAGAAUACACUCCAGAAAGAGAUCACGACUCUACGUGACACCAAUAGGACCCUGCAGCUUAGGUUACGGGAUAUAGAGGUUUCGAAUGACGACUUCGAACGACAGGCACGGAAUACAACAUCUUCGUUAGAAGAUCUAGAGUCCAAAUAUAACGUUUCUAUAGAGCGUGGAGUCAUGGCCGAAGAAGAGAUCAAGACUGGCGAGCAAGAACGAGAAGCUCUCCGAAUUGAAACGCAGCGGCUACGAGAUGAACUCAGCGAUCUCAGAAUCGAAGCCGAGAUUAGGCAGGAUAAGCUUCGUCGUGCAGAAGGCGCAGUAGAAAGGCAGCAUCGGAGGCAGCCACCACCGAUUGUGCCAGACCUUGCCCGGCCUCAGUCAGCUUUAUCAGAGAUAUCACCAACAACAUCCACUUCGUCACCGACCAUCGCGACACCACCAACGAAAUCAGCGUCUUCUGAAGUAUCGGAGACACUUACACCUCCGUCCCCACCCGUGUCUGAAAGAUCUGUUCCCACAACCAUUACUACACCUGCGCUGCCAGUAGCAAAGUCGAGGCUCUCCAUGGCAGACUCAAACACAACACCACGCCCAGCUUAUCAGAAGAAUUCGUCACGUCAGCCGAGGCACUCUCGCGGUCCCUCCGUCUCAUUGACCAAUGAUCGCACACCAUCGUUCGCACGCCGAACCACGUUAAACCGCCCUGAAGUGGAGCAGAGAGGUCCUGGUCUCCCACAUUCCGGAUCGCUCCAUCAGAUUCGUGGUCUGAGGACUAAGAUGACGAACCUAGAGGAACGACUCAGAUCGGCACGCUCGAAACUCCCAGCGCCAACAUCAACCCCGCCACAGGCUUCUCCACGCAGCAGCUCUGUUGUUGGACAGUCAUUCAUCCCAGCUACCGUCACACUGCGCAGCAACAAGAAACGGAUAGGUGGUUCCAAUGCUUCUUCCGUCCAUACACCCACGACAGAGCGUCCGGCCAGCCGUCUAUCUUCAGCCUACACUCCAACCGUUGAUCGCCCAUCCAGUCGGCUAUCAUUCGGAAUCCCACAGCUAAGUCCUACGCGUGACAUGCACAGUAGUCGGCCGCCAAGUUGUGAUCCCCACAGUAGUCGACCAAGCUCUCGUGCAAGUCUUCACUCUCGACAAUCAAUCAGCCAUCUACCCGGCGCCACUUCCUCGAGCACCAGUCGUCCAAGCAGCCGGCAAUCUAAUACUGGUAGCCAGACGCCUCUCGGUCAUUUCGCCAACAGUACCACACAAUCCGAGUCUCGCCGCCCUCGAUCUUCGAUUGGAGGUUCUUAUGCUAGCACCCACGGUCACGGCCAUUCGGCAAGCGUAAGCAGACUGAGCAACUACGGCUCAUCUUUCCAGCAUCAGGAGGAAGAAGAAAGUGGCGAAGUCCUCACCCCUACGCCUUCGAGGAGAACCACCAUCGGCAAGGGCGACGGUCAAUCUUCCAUUCCUGGUAUCGCGCCCGCGAGUGCGAAGAAGAGAUUCAGUGGGUUGGGAAGCGGGCGGAGAAUAAGUUUGGGCCCGAGCACUGGGGGAGGGGAAAUGGGACCCCCUGAGAGGAGAGGUGCGAGGAAGCUGAGUGGAGUGGGGGAGACAUUCUGA